CUCUAACUCCGAGGACCGGCUGCCUCCGGGUUGGACUGUGGAAGUGAAAGUGAGGAAGAACGGUAAGAAAGACAAGAGGGAAUUGCACCUUAAGUGAGAGUGUCAUCUUUUGCCCGUCGAUAAGAGAGUCAUCUUUACCUUGAUGCCAAUUACAUGAUAUUACAUUCCAUCCAUCCAGCCAAACUAGCUGUGGAGAAGUCUAAUUAGCACGCCCAAUGUGCUCUAUUUCUUAUAGCACUGUGUAGGAUGCCCUUUUUUUUUUUACCCCAAAAAAGAAAAGAAAAGAUAUUAAGACAUGCAUACUUUAUGUUGACGGCACCAUAUUGUAACACACGCAUACAUACAUAAGUUUAUUGGACAUAUAUUGAUAUUUUAUGUAGAGCACGUGAUCGUGUAAUAUUUUUUCUCAUUGAAAUGGUGUUCAUCCAGCUGUGAAACCUAUGCUGGUGCUAAGUUCAAUUAUCUACUGACAUGUUCAAUCUGAGGUAUCCUUUUUCAAAAUCCCAUAUCAUAUUUGCUCCCAUUUUAACAUAUGUCCUGGUUAAUGAUGGCAAAAUAAGUACUAAGUAAACAAACUUUUAUCUUUUUUGUCUUUAGCCAUUGCUUUGCAGUAUUUUAAUAAUUAAAAGAGCCAGAAGGACAUUUAGGCAUCUCUAAAUGACCAUUUUCAAAGAUGGUUCAGCUUAAAUCUUAUGAAAUUCAUACUUAUUGCAGUUUUACUUUUCUCCUUCAAGUGGACUUAGGUUUAAUUCCAUGGUAGAGGUUUCUCAUUAUCUUGACAAAGUUCAGAACAAUCAUGUCAGCGUCACAAGCAGUUCAAAAAAUGUUGUAAUUGAGAAAGGUGUUGCAGAAGGAUUACCAGAAGGAUGGAUCAAAAAGACCAGAGUCACAAAAAAGAGUUCUACAGUAAGAAGAGAUUCGUCAGCGGGUGUAGCCAGAAAACCAAAAUUAUCAGUUGGCAGAGUGACUCGACGCACCGUCAUGAGUCGGGGCACAAAUUUGGACCAGAUAGUUAAUGACCAACAGACUCCAAAAACUGCAUGUGCAGGAGAACCUAUGCCUCUUUCUGAACACAGUUCUUGUCAGUGUGCAAUGGGCAUUGAAUUGACCGGCUUAGUUCCAUCACAAGCUGAAUGUUCGGAUGAAAAAGAAGGGAAGGUUAGUUUCGCUGAAAGUAAUUUAAUUCCCAGUUGUGCAGAUGGAGUUGUCCCAGAAAAGCAACUUCCAGAAAGUUUACAGACAAAACAUGCAACUGAAAAGGUUCAAAAAGGCCAGGUUAAAUCCAAGCGCAAGAAAGAGAUUAACUUGCCCCGCCGUGCUUCAAAACGUCUUGCUGGAAUUCAGGUUGAUCCUGUUCCUGAACUUGUAACAAGGCGCCGAAAUGCAGCUAAAAAUUCUGGCGAAGUAGCCUUGACAAACGAGGAUAAAUCUUCAGGGAGUUUCUCUAAUGAAGAAACCAAGCAGCUUAUUGCACGUGAGAGUGGAUCAGAAAGUAAGCGUAAACCUCAAAGCCUAAUGAACACAAUGGAGUCACCAAAGUUGAAUCAGAGUAAGCAUUCUUAUGGGAGUUUAUGUGCUCCAGAAAAACUUCCUGAGAAGACUUUUGAAGAGCCGAAAAGUGAAAAAGAUCAAGAAUGCUAUUCAUUUUUGUCUCCGGGGAACACUGUUACAGUCAACGAGCAAGUGAAAGACCUGGAAGGUGGAGCAAAGUUUGACUACUCUCUCGACUUGCCCCUUGGAGAACUAUUAUCAGACCCAUGUAUUGCAUUUGCAAUACAAACUCUUACCGAAGGAACAUUUGAAACCUCCAAAAACACUCAGAUUUCAUCUGAAGUGAGUGAUAGCAAGUAUUCUGAAACUUCAGCUUCUGCUAAAGGGGAUGACAGCAAAAUCAAAGGGCAGAAUGUGAGUGACUGGAAGCAAGAAUGCAGUGCGUCUUCACCACCAAAGGACCUUGUUGCAGAACAUGCUGGCAGUACUUCUGAAUCGCCAUUUGGUAUUUCAUGGAUGGAUCCAUGCAUAGAAUUUGCAGUAAAAACUCUCACCGGCAAUAUCCCAGUGGAAUAUGAUCCAAAUAGUGAGAAUUGCCUUCAGCAGCAGCUUGGCACUUCAAACAACCAGGGACUCGGUGAAGUAGCCUUCUCAGGCGGCAGCUUAAAUAAUCUGCGUCAGACCGACUAUUAUUGCAGCCAAUACCUUGGUACACAGGAUCCUGUAUUUAAACAACAGUCGUUUCUGGAUACAGCUUUACCCAACGCUAGAAGUGUCGGCAUGGGGAAUUCUACUGGAGCCAGACUGCACCAAUAUGGUGGCGAAGAUAGAAGGAAUGGGCGCCAGAGAUAAACAAUCAGCUUGUAACUGUACUAACUCAAGAUUGCACAGUUAGGAAGUAUUUUGUAAAAAAAGAUAACCAACUAGACCUUUAACCUCCCAUUUGGUUGUUUUUCGAGCAUGUUGUUGUGUACAUUGUAGUUGUUGUUCUGAACUAGUUUCUUGUUAGCUUGACAGUAAAGUAGGUGUUUAACCUUUUCAUUCAACUUCUGCACUAUAUUACCAUAUUUGCAUUGCCUGGCAUGGUCCUCCCCUUCAACUCCAGCACACUAUUUUGUAUACAGUUUACGGUUAAAAUAUCAAAUGUUUUAGUU